UCAUACAUUUUUGGCCAGUAUAUAUAAAUUUAUAUUUUGUCGGGUACAGAAAGAUGCUGCUUAAUUAAAUUUUAGUUACAAGUUUUUUAAUUCACAUGGAUAAUUAAUCAUGUAUUUUAAAUCAAGUGUUUUGUUUUUUGUUUUAUUGAGUGCGCCCUUGCUCUGCGCCCAAAAUCAUACUAUGACCUUUAAGGUGUUUCAGGCAAGUUUUAAUAAAACUUAUCAGCCCACAGAACUGACUCUACGCGAACAAGUUUUUAAUCAAAACCUACAAAAAAUCGAGGAACACAACAAAAAGUUUGAUCUCGGACUGGUCGCCUACAAAACUGGUGUUAAUUCAUUCACAGAUUUAACAGAAGAAGAAUUCUUGGCAAGAUUUAAAACCUUACCUUUGGAGGAAAGUUUCAUAAAAGCGAACUCCGUACAGGACAGUAAUCAGUUUAAUAUAAGCGAGCUACCAAAAAGCAUCGAUUGGAGAGAGAAAGGAGUAGUGACAGCAGUUAAGGAUCAGGGGUCUUGUGGUGGAUGUUGGGCAUUUAGUGCUACAGGAACCUUGGAAGGUCAGCUGGCAAUUAAUACAGGAAACCUGACAUCCCUAAGUGAACAAGAACUUAUAGACUGUAAUACGGCAACCCAAAAGGGAUGUAAUGGAGGUGUGGUUCAGUAUGCAUUGUCUUACGUGAUUGAAAACGGAAUUACAAGUGAAGAAAACUACCCUUAUGUUGGCGAACAAAAAUCAUGUAAAAGUAAAAGGAACGCAGUGCGUGCUGAUAGCUACGUUAAUAUUAGGUCAUAUAACGAAACUGACCUUAAGUUAGCUGUGGGAUUUGUAGGACCUGUAUCUGUAGCAGUAAAUGCAUAUCUAUUAAAAGACUAUGAAUCUGGAAUAAUCAACAGUCCUUGCUUAGAUGACGUUGAUCAUGGAGUUUUGGUUGUUGGCUAUGGUACUGAUAAUAAAACCAAUUUGGAGUAUUGGAUUAUUAAAAAUUCUUGGGGAAGCGAGUGGGGAGAAAGCGGAUACUAUAAGUUAGCUUUGGGAAAACAAUUAUGUGGCAUUGCUAAGCAAGCUUGUUAUCCGGUUGGAGUAAGAAAUAGUGCUGGUAGCUUAAGUUUUAGUAUUAUGGCUGGAAUUUUAAUGUUUUUUUAUCUACUGUAAGAUGCUCUAUAAGUUAAAGACUAUAAUUUUUAACUAAUUUUACUUGAAAAAAAUGUGUACAAAGAUUUAGUUAGUUCGCACUUUAAUAUUACUCUACCCACUAAAUGGUUUUAUAAGUUUAAAAAUAAGAAAAUAAAUAAGAGAAUAUUAAGAGCUAAAACACAUA